AUGGCUGGUCAACAAGCCUCCGUCUCGGUCUCGUCCGACAACACGCCGGAACACAAUGAAAAGAAAGUAUGGCAUCACAGUACGCUUUUCAAUGCGUUUAUUAUUGGAGGGGUGGGCUUUAUGGCCCCGGGUCUGUGGAAUGCCAUGAGUUCCUUGGGUGCGGGCGGUGCGCAAUCGCCGUAUUUGAUUAAUGCCGCCAAUGCACUGGUGUUUGGUCUCAUGGGCUUUCUAUGUCUCUUUGGCGGUCCCAUUGCGAACCGGAUUGGAUUGAACUGGACACUUUUACUAGGAGCGGUUGGGUAUCCGAUCUAUUCGGAAAUGUGUGGUUUGUGUUGGUUGGAUCUGUUGCAUGCGGGUUAUCCGGGUCUUUUCUGGGCUUCCGAAGGUGCUGUAGCUCUUGGAUAUCCAGAGCCAGGCAAACGAGGCAGAUAUAUGAACAUCUGGCUAUGGUUCCGUACCGGUGGCCCAUUGGUCGGCGGAGCCAUUCUUCUUGCUCUCAACCACUCUGCUGAUGCCAAGAGCAAGGGCAAAGUCGGGUCGGAGUCAUAUCUCAUAUUCGUCGCCUUGCAAUGUCUCGCAACUCCCCUAGCAAUAUUUCUAUCACCACCUGAGAAAGUUCAGCGGAGCGACGGAAGUAAAGUGAAAAUCGUUGUUCAGAAGUCGUGGCGCGCAGAGAUGCUGGAGCUGUGGAAACUCUCGCGCCGCAAAGAAGUCGCCUUGCUGCUGCCGGUGUUCUGGGCAGCGUACUUCAAUCAAUACUCGUCAAACUUUCAAACUUACUACUUUGGCGUUCGAGCUCGCGCUUUGAUUGGAUUCGUCAGCAAUUUCUCCAACCUUAUCUCCUCGGGGAUAAUCAGUCGAUUUCUGGAUUACAAGGGAUUGUCGGUUAAGAAGCGCAUCACGUUUGGUUUCUACUAUGUGAUCAUCAUUCACAUCAUCGCUUGGGUCUACGCUUGGGUCAUCCAAGAAAAAUAUACUGCCAACCCUCCGUCUUACGACUGGAGUGACAAGGGUUUCGUAGAGGGAUUUUUUGUCCUUAUGCUAUGGAGUUUCUCUCAACAGGGCUUGCAGAAUUGGCUUUACUAUCUUCUAUCCACAAUGACGGAUAACAUUUCCGAAUUAUCCCGUUUCUCUGGCAUUCUCCGCGGCCAGGAAAGUUUCUCACAGGCCAUUUCCUUCGGCAUCAAUACGCGCAACUGGCAUGGAGGAAGAGUUCCUCUUGCGAUCAACACGAUUCUUUUGGUCCUCGCGGUGUUCCCUACCUGGCUGGUCGUAAAGAGUCAUAACCCAAUUGAACACGAUAAGACGGCACCCCAGGAGGUCCAAGAUGAAGAGCAGGGCGUUGUAAAAGAUGGUACGGCAGAGGCUUCGGACAAGGGAGGCUACGUUAUCGGGGAGACUUCUACAACGAAAUAA